UUUGAGAAUUUUGAUAGGAGAAAAUUAGGUAAAGAGAGGAACGGCCACAGCCAAAGCCACAGCCACAGGUGUCCGAGCAGAAUACACCGCCUCCGCAACCAUCUCCACCCUCCAAUAUUACAUACCUCCAUAGAUAUUAUCCAACCUGGGCUUCGGCGAGAGAGAGAGAGAGAGAGAGAGAGAGAGAGGGAAAUAUCCACAGACGACAGAACCAAUAAUAUCCCAAUACCAAUUUUCAAUAAUUCUAUUAUUAUUUUAAUUAAUCAACGCAAAGAGAGAGAGAGAGAGAGAGGGAGAGAGAGAGAAAUCGCCAUUUUCCCCCCCUUUAGUCUUGUUUGUCUGCGUGCUGUCUAAUAAGUUUAACCUCUAUAGCCUUUUCCUUUUGUUGUUUGGUCUUCUGGGUUUGCCAAUUUUGCUCUUUAAUGGCUAUGCUUUCUGUUCUUUUGCUCUAUAUUGGGGCUUUAUCUUCGAUUCCAUUCCUGUCGGCCUCUGAACCUAUUUGCCCUGAUGAAUCUGCUUUGUUUUUGUAUAAAAUUCAAUCUCAAUGCCCUCUCUCGAUCUCUCCAUAUCCUCCUCUCGAGGUCAGUGGGAACUUCCUGGACAGAGCUUUGACUUCAAAGCAGAGAAAUUCUUACACAUCUGUACUCUUUUAUGCUUCCUGGUGCCCAUUCUCACGGAAUAUGUGUCAUACAUUUAAUAUGCUUGGUUCAAUGUUCCCUCAAAUAGAGCAUUUGGCCGUUGAGCAAUCUUCAGCCCUCCCGAGUGUAUUUUCAAGAUAUGGAAUUCAUAGCUUGCCAUCGUUGUUAAUGGUCAACCAGACAUCAAAGGUGCAAUAUCAUGGGCCAAAGGAUCUUCAAUCCCUUGUUCAAUUUUAUGAGAAAACAACAGGACUCGGACCGGUUAAGUAUUUUGCUGAAGAUGAGCCAACAAGUUUGGGUAGUCAUGAAGAAUCUAUCUUGCAGCCAUGGGAUGGGUCUUCCUUGAGGGAGAUAAUGAGAAGGGAAACCUACUUAGUAUUGGCCUUGUUGUUCCUUAGUUUCCGAGUACUGGUGUUUAUAUCUCCAAAAGUGUUAUCUCAUCUCAAGGCUUUCUAUUGGCUGUAUGUUCCUCAUUUCAACUUGGAAAUAUUUGGUGAGACAAGUCAACUAUUUGGCCGUAUCCUGCAUAUGAUUGAUGUGAGGAGGAUCUGGAUCUGGACCAGGCAGACAUUGUGCAAGACAAGAAACUUCCAUGAAGGUGCAAAAAAUUGCCGGGUUUGGGCUUCUUCCCUGGCCUCUGUUUCAUUGGGUGAAUCUUCAUCAUCAGGCAGGUCACAAUCCUAACACAGAUGCCAUCUUCCUGUGGGAUUUGAAUGGGAUCAGAAAAGGGCUUAAUGAUGAGAUAAUGUAUAUCAUCUGUUUUUUUUAAUGUCAGGGACAGGCACUCUCUCUAUUUCUCUCUCUCUCUCCCUGUUGAAAUUUCAUAUAGCGCUUAUUACUGUAGCUGAAGUCCUUUGUUUGAGUUUUAGGAGGAAGUAAAACAGGCAUGUAAAUUUGAGAACACUCAUCCCUUUUUGUAUAUUAUUUUGUCAUUAGGAGGAACCUUCUCUUUACAUCAAUGGAACUUAAGCAUGAGUUGACGUC